GAUACCAUAAUAAUUCCAAUAGUAGUAUGGAUGACAUUAAAGAGUAAGACGUAAAGACCAAAUUUUUUAAGGAUUAAUCCUAAGAGAAAUCUGAAAUCCGACCGCAUAGAGUGAAACACACACACACACGGUCACUGCCCAGAUUGGUCCACAGAACAAAGAACACAGACAGCAGCAAGGUCAAAAAAAUUGUUUCGAAUGGCAAAAGAAGAGGAACAACAACAACCCACUUCACCGAUGCACCCACCUUACGCUUACACCAUAAUUCUGAACAUCUUCAGCAAGAGAAGAACAUGGGCGUGUCUAUUUCUAUUGGUCUACGGCACCCUUUUGACUUCUUCGUGGAACUUCCUCAAAUCCACGCUUUCUUGGUACAAUCUGCAGGUUGAGUCCUCCACCACCUCGGCGUGGCCUGCACUCUAUGCUUCAGUGCUUCUGGGCACCGUGUUUGGGGUACUUUCCAUGGUGGCGGCGCUGGUGGUUAUGGUUCCCGCGCUGGUGGUGACGUGGAUCACGAUUGUGGUGCUUCUGGCCUUCUUUGGGAAGCCUAAGAGGACCCUUGUGGUGGAGGGGAGGAAGAUUACGAGGGAGAUUUUCGGGUUUGUGAUGAGGACUCUGCUCAAGGAAGGGAAUUUUGUGGCUGCGGUUUGUGCUGUUUUGGGGUACUUUGCUCUUGUUAGAAGGAAUGGGACUCAAGGUGGGGUUGUUGUUGUUGGUGAAUCGUGAGUGAUUGGUGUUUGGUGGAGUGGUUGUUACAUGAGUUGGUAAAGUGUCUUAAUUUAAUCUCUUUUUUUCGUGGGGCGCUUAGAGUAGAGGUUGAUUACAAUAGGUGAAAGAAGGAACUUUGCAAAAUGUUACUUACUGAGAUAUGUGUAGAUGCAUAGCUGCUUGAUGAUGACAGGGUUUUACGCUUGAGAGAUUGUGGACAGUACGAUUGAGGAUGAUUGGGUCUUUGAUCCUUGGACCCAGCAUAAGUGGUUUUUAGAGGGCAUACUCAAUAAAUAGGAGUGACCUCUUUUGGUCAUGUCAGGUCACACAUAGUAGAGCUCUGGUUUAUUUCACUGAUAUUGGGGUCAAUGAAGUUGUUUUGAAAGUUAUCAACCACCAGAUUCUUUACUCCCAAUUGUUGCAAACAUCAUGGAGAAACGCCUUCCAUCUCAUCACUUUAUUUGUCCUCAAUUUUCUUCUUUGCUCUACUAGCCCAAAUACCCCUGAAACGGAGUAGCUAAAUUACUUGGAAAAUGGGGUCCAAAUCUUAUUUGGAAAGACAUAUAAUAUUUGAAUUUGGAAUUUGAUGUCUUCUUGCACAUGCCCAACCCAACCACACUUUUGUUGCAGAUUAUCUUUGAUUGCUACUUCUUCUGCAAGCAAGCAAGACAGACCAGAAAAGAUUCAUUUGCUCCACAUGGACUCCAAACUUUCUUUUCCCCUUUUCUUUUUCAAUUUUGGUAAAAAAAUUGAUAAUCUUAUCUAAGUAUACCUUUCUACAGUUCUAUCAGCACUGGAUUCGUUGUAUCAUUGAUUGUGAUUUUUAUUUUUAUUUUAAAGUUGACAUAACUAAGUUUA